CUAUUCCUCCCACUGAUACCAAUGAUGGGGCACUAUUCUCCCACUGACACCAACAAUGGAGCACUAUUCCUCCCACUGACACCAAUGUGAUAGGACACUAUUCCCCCACUGAUACCAAUGAUGGGGCACUAUUCCCUCCCACUGACACCCAAUGAUGGAGCACUAUUCCUCCCACUGACACCAAUGAUGGGGCACUAUUCCUCCCACUGACACUAAUGAUGGGUCAACUAUUUCCUACCACUGAUACCAAUGAUGGGGCACUAUUCCCCCCACUGAUACCAAUGAUGGGGCACUAUUCCUCUUCCACUCAUACCAAUAGUGUGACACUAUUUCCUCCCACUGCACCAGUCAUGAAGCAUUUUUUUACUGCCACUGACACCAGGACUUUUUUACUCCCGCUGGCCACAAAAGUUUGGAGACCCCUGCCCUAGAGAAUAAAAUAGUGGG